AUGCGUGCGAAAAAGAUGGUAUUUUACUUUUCAGUUCCCACUGAAAAGCAAGCCCGGCAUCUGUGCGACAGUCAGCCUGCGGGGGGAACCGGGUUCAUGCCCGUUCUUCAAACGGGAGCUAGAGGGCGAGCAGGCAGCGCAACCUCGAGCAGUAAACAAAGCAAAGGAUAUGAGAAGGAUCGUGUUGUUGACAUUUACAAGCGUUUCGGGUGCUAUAUGGUGUGUGGCAUUAUGUUGAUGGGUAGCCGAACAGCGCCAUGUGAUUCGCUGGAUCUGCUGCCCCUGUCUCCCUCGAGUCGGCAUCUCCAAAACAAUACCGUCGACCUCGUGCGACAGGCCCAGGCAGGCUCGGAUCCUAUGCGCCAGGCAACCCUCCCGGUAGUCCCUGAAAAGACGCCCGCCGCGUUUUCAACCAUGGCACUACAAACACCUAGAAGACUCGCACCUCCGCGCCCCUCGCUCUCUAAUACCGCUUCGUCACCAAACCUAUCCCUCGCCGCCAGUACCGCUAUCGCACGGAAAGCCUCACUCAAUGCAUUGAUAGGUGCUCCAGUCACCCCAGGGAACAAAAUGGCGGGUGACGGCCAAGAUAUCGAGGUGGGUGACACCGUUGACGUCCCCGGUGGCAUGUAUGGGGUCGUAAAGUUCAUCGGAAGUGUGCGCGGCAAGAAGGGUGUCUUCGCUGGCGUCGAGCUAGGCAGAGAAUAUGCUACGCGUGGUAAGAAUGAUGGGGAUGUAGAUGGCACCAGAUAUUUCACGACCUCUGUUCCUGGCUCCGGCAUCUUCUUGCCUAUCCACCGAGCUUCUAAACGUGCCUCCCCUACACUAUCAUCGGACACGUUCCCUCCCACGCCUACAACACCCUCCUUCUCCAACUUUAGUCUCUCUACUACCGAAAAGCCCAAAUUCAGCCCAGAUGCUCCAUCAAUACCCAAAUUUUCUCAGUCCGUAGGACCAGGCGCCCGCGCACCGAGUCCCAACUUCAAACCUAAAGGCAGGCCAUCCCUUCCUCGGCCUGAAUCUCCAUUCAGAAGGCAACCGAACCUAGCACCCACUCCAGGAAGGACCCUAUCGACAACCCCAGCAGGUUUCUCAAAGAGUGCGAUCGGACCACCAAGAUUCAAUAGUCCUGGCCCCAAAGCUGGAGGUUUCCAAAAACCCCGAACACCAGGACCUCCUCGGCCAUACUCACGAAACAACUCUCGCUUAGGACAACACGAUGUUAUCGAUGAAGAUGCAGAAACGACACCAACUGGUGUCUCACGGACAAGCAACGACUCCACCUCAAACUUUAAAGGGCGACGUCCUGGGUCUGGUCAAGCACAAGAGGAGGUGAAACGACUCAAGAAUAUGCUAGAGGAACGAGAUAAGCAACUGAAAGAGCAAGCGUCAUCUUUGGCAGAGAUGGAGGCUAGUCUAUCAGAAAUACAAAACCUCAUUCCUGAAGAGGGCCUGGACCUGGGACGUUCGCGGAGCAACGGAAAUGAAUCCGGCGACGUAGCCCAGUUGCGAAUUCUCCUUCGCGAAAAGAACGAAAGGAUCUCUCUGCUUACAGCCGAAUUUGAUGCCCAUCGAGCCGACUUCCGAAGCACAAUAGAUACGCUGGAGAUGGCGAGUACGGAGACAGAGCGUGUCUACGAGAGAAAGGUAGAAGAGCUUCAGAGCGAAAUCCGGGAACUUCACGAACGAGGGGAAGACGUGGAAAGUGUAGCGAGGCAGCUGAAGCAAUUGGAAGAGCUUGUCCAGGAGCUGGAGGAAGGACUUGAGGAUGCAAGGCGGGGAGAAGCAGAAGCACGUGGGGAGGUUGAGUUUCUUCGGGGUGAGGUAGAACGUGGCCGCUCAGAACUUCGUCGAGAACGAGAGAAAGCUGCUGCGGCCCUGAAAGGCGCUGGUGCGAUGGUGGACAAUCCACUUAGCCCGGGAUCUAGGGAGGUUGAGCAGCGAGACGAUGAGAUUCGUGGCCUCAAAGCUAUUAUUCACUCCCUUAGCUCUGGCCCUGAGGAACACGGUCGAUCUCUCCUAUCACGCCAAGGCUCAAUGGCGAACGCUGAAGAUCUCAAGUCUGCAGAGGCAAAUGUUGAACGCCUAGAACGCGAAAAAGAGGAGCUGCGAGGUCUUGUGGAGCGGAAAGCCUACAGGGAAGAGGAACUGGAGCGAGAAAUUGAAAGGUUGAAAACCCAGGUCGGAAUUGCAGAGCAACGCGAGAGUGUAAUUAGCAACGGCAUGUCAGAGCGAACUGCAACACAGGAACAUCGGUCUUCUGGACGAGACUCGAAGGGCACCGUUGUCAGCUGGAGAGGGUCACCACAGCUUACUCGUCAUGAACCAGCCUCAGCCUUAGAACCGAUGAUCGAGUCUGAUGGGCAUUCGUCUGCUGACGGCAGUGUUCUCUGGUGCGAGAUCUGCGAAACUGGAGGUCAUGAUAUCCUCAACUGCGCCGCUAUGGGUGGGGACGGCGUGGCAAAGCCGCAAGAGAACGGCAAGCACAGCGGGAAAGAAGCCGUUAUUGAAGGCCUGCGCAACCUAUCCAUGUCCUCCGGUCGCUCUCGGACUACACCUCACACCCCCGCGAAGGCACCAGGGAGCGCACCAACCGCUCCUCUUCCGACCCCAUACAACUCAUCGCUUGUGCCCCCCAAGGGUGCAACCGUAGCUGACCCGGACAAAUGGUGUGCUCUCUGUGAGAGUGAGGGACAUGAUGAUGGGGAUUUGAGACUCACGAUUUACUACCUAAUAGAGACUGAUACAAUGAUGCAUCUCCUGUGUUGUUCAAGAAGCAAGUGCCGGAUAGUAGAGUUUAUCUCUCAGCUUCAAACCCUUCAAAUAUGCAGUCUUACAGAUGAAAUAGCGCCAUGCGAUUUUGCACUAAAGGCGUUCAUUGCCUAUCCGCAGCUUUCCAAGGUUUUACUUCACUUUUCUGGGCUUCAGCAUUUCGUCCUCCAUUGCCUCAACUUUUGCGCUCUAUUGCCUUCCACCGACACCCCCUCGGCACGUGGUACGACGCGACUUCCAAAUAAUCCAAUAACCCCAAAACCAGAUAUUUCCUUCAUUCGUUCCGCUGAGAUGGCGGACAGGAAGGAAAACAACCUCGCGCAGUUCAAAUAUGCGGCCAUGUCCAAUUUGGUCCUCCAGGCGGAUCGACGCUUUGUCACACGCCGAGGAGAUGAGAACACUGGUGAUCCAGAGUCGCUCGCCGGUCGAAUUAACAUCCGGGAUAUGGGCGGGCGCACUGCGAGGGACAACGCCCCCACGGAUCAGAAGAAGUCUAAGGGUCCCCUUGGUGUCGAGCGGGGAAGUAUAAACGAAGGAGCCGAGGUGUUCGAGCGCGAACAGCGGAAGAGGAAGAGAGGAGAUGGAGCAGGCGCUCUUGGAGCAAAUCAAGUGGCCCAGCAAGACCUUUUCGUCGAAGAUCUCAAAUACAAACCGCGAACUCCUGCGACUCGAGCGACUUACGAGCUGAUUACGACAAUUGUAGGCAAGAACCUAGGAGAUGUCCCUACACAUGUUACAAGGAGUGCUGCCGACGCCGUUCUUGAAUAUCUCAAGGACGAAGACCUGAAAGACUUCGAUAAAAAGAAGGAGGUUGACGAUAUUCUUGGUACAUCUAUGGGACCAAAAGAGUUUAACGAGCUGGUCAGCCUCAGCAAGAAGAUCACGGACUAUGAGGCCCAAGACGAGGAUGAGGACGCAGAUGAAGGUGCGGAAGCUGCUGAUGACGCUGAGGUUGAUGAAAACCAAGGUGUCGCGGUUGUUUUCGAUGAAGACGAGGACGACGAGAACGCAGGUCAGACCUUUGAGGUGCGAGACGAAGACACCUCGGAUGAGGACGAGGAUGAGGAGCCUGAACAAGAUACAGACGCUCCCGGCCCGGAGCGCAAUCUAGGCGACAUAGAAGAGAUGAUUCUCCAAGGCGAUGUGGCCGCGUCUACGGACAAUAAGAAAGAGGUAGACCAGCUCAUACCCGCCCACGAGAUUGAUGCGUACUGGUUGCAGAGGCAAAUUGGUCAAAUUUACGAAGACGCCCACACACAGCAAGAGAAGACCCGAGAUGCGCUCAAGAUCCUAUCUGGACUUACAGAAGACGAGGAAGACAAGCCCUUGCGUGAGAUUGAAAACGACCUGAUGGAGCUCUUUGAUUAUGAACACCACGAGCUCGUCACAAAGCUAGUUCUCAACCGAGACAAAGUUGUCUGGGUCACUAAAUGGAGGCGUGCGGCCGAAGACCAGGAUGAACGAGCAGCAGUUGAGCGAGAAAUGAAGGCUGCUGGACACCGAAAAAUUCUGGAAGAGUUGCGUGCACGAGAGACUGGAACUGCAGCGGCGGAUUCUACAGGCGCAAAAAAAUUGAAAUUUGAUCUGAUGGAUAUCGAUAUCCCAACUGUAUCGAAAGACACGGAGAUGGAGGAUGCUCCUAAACACGAGGGCUUGGUUGGAGGACUCCAGCCGUCAGGACGUCUAAUCACAUUAGACAACCUUGUCUUUGACCAGGGCAACCAUCUCAUGACAAAUCCGAGUGUUAAACUCCCCCAAGGAUCCACUCGGCGUCAGUUCAAAGGAUAUGAGGAGAUACACGUUCCAGCUCCUAAGGCAAGGCGUGAUCCAAAUGAAAAGAGGAAUAUGCCUACAUCCGACUUGCCUAACUGGGCUCAAGUGGGUUUUGGCUCGUCAAAGGAGCUAAACCGCAUCCAGACGAAAUGUUUCCCGACCGCUUUCAACGAUGAUGGUAACAUGCUCAUUUGCGCCCCAACUGGAUCUGGAAAAACAAAUGUGGCAAUGCUGGCAAUGCUCCGCGAAAUUGGAAAGCACCGGGACCCUCGGACUGGCGAGAUAAACCUUGAUGACUUCAAAAUAAUAUACAUCGCUCCGCUGAAGGCUCUCGUACAAGAACAAGUUGGAAACUUUGGCAAACGUUUGGAACCGUACGGCAUUCGGGUUGCUGAACUCACUGGCGAUCGACAGCUUACGAAGCAGCAAAUUGCUGAAACCCAAAUUAUUGUCACCACUCCAGAGAAGUACGAUGUCAUUACUCGUAAGGCCACUGAUACGAGUUAUAUUAACUUGGUUCGCCUAAUUUGUAUUGACGAGAUUCACCUUCUGCACGAUGAUCGAGGGCCGGUUCUUGAGAGCAUUGUUAGUAGAACGAUACGUCGUACCGAGCAGACUGGCGAGCAUGUUCGACUUGUUGGUCUUAGUGCUACACUGCCCAAUUAUCGCGAUGUGGCGAGCUUUCUUCGGGUAGAUCCUGAGAAAGGGCUCUUUCACUUUGAUGCAACUUUCCGACCGUGUCCAUUGAAGCAGGAAUUCAUUGGUGUUACAGACAAAAAGGCCAUCAAACAGCUCAAAACAAUGAACGACGUCUGCUAUACCAAGGUUCUGGAGCAAGUAGGCCAGAAUCGGAACCAGAUGCUGAUCUUCGUACAUUCUCGAAAAGAGACUGCGAAGACUGCGAAAUACAUCCGGGAUAAAGCACUCGAAAUGGAGACCAUCGGUCAGAUCCUUCGAACUGACUCUGCAAGCCGAGAGAUUCUUAGAGAAGAGGCGGAAGCUGUUCAGAACACCGACCUAAAGGACCUGAUGCCAUAUGGAUUCGGCAUUCACCACGCUGGCAUGUCGAGGGCAGAUCGAUCGUCGGUGGAAGAUCUUUUCGCCGAUGGAUCCAUUCAAGUUCUUGUUUGUACAGCCACCCUGGCUUGGGGUGUCAAUCUUCCGGCCCAUACCGUCAUCAUCAAAGGCACGCAGGUGUACUCUCCUGAAAAGGGUAGCUGGGUUGAAUUAAGUCCUCAGGAUGUCCUACAGAUGCUUGGUCGCGCAGGUCGACCUCAGUAUGAUACUUACGGCGAGGGCAUUAUCAUCACCACCCAAGCCGAAGUUCAGUACUACUUAUCACUCCUGAACCAGCAACUCCCCAUCGAAUCCCAAUUUGUCAGCAAGCUUGCAGACAACCUCAACGCAGAAAUUGUCCUAGGCAAUGUCCGUACUCGAGAUGAGGGCGUCGAAUGGCUUGGAUACACUUAUCUCUUUGUUAGAAUGCUUCGCUCCCCUGGCUUGUACAGCGUCGGCGCUGAUUAUGAGAAUGAUGAAGCUCUGGAGCAGAAGCGUGUGGAUUUGAUUCAUGCGGCCGCGCAUGUUUUGGAGAAAUGUAGCCUUAUCAAGUAUGAAAAGAAGUCGGGUAAGCUUCAGCCGACUGAACUUGGAAGGAUUGCCUCGCAUUACUACAUCUCACACAAUUCCAUGGCUACCUACAAUAGACAUAUCCAGCCUGGCAUCACCUCGAUCGAACUGUUCCGCGUUUUUGCAUUAAGCGAGGAAUUCAAGUACAUCCCGGUUCGGCAAGAAGAGAAGCUUGAGCUUGCGAAACUCCUUGGCCGUGUUCCGGUCCCAGUCAAAGAGGGCGUCGAAGAGCCUCAAGCCAAGAUCAAUGUCCUUCUUCAAGCUUACAUUUCUCGUCUUAAGCUGGAAGGUCUUGCGCUAAUGGCAGACAUGGUAUAUGUCACACAGUCGGCCGGUCGUAUCUUGCGCGCAAUAUUUGAGAUCUGCCUCAAGAAAGGCUGGGCUGAAGUGGCCAAAACAGCUUUGGAUCUAUGCAAGAUGGCUGAGAAACGGAUGUGGCCCACUAUGUCACCUCUCAGACAAUUCCCAAACUGUCCAAAGGAAAUUGUGCAAAAAGCGGAGCGCAUUGACGUACCAUGGAAGAGCUACUUUGAUCUCGAUCCACCAAAAAUGGGCGAACUUUUAGGCUUGCCAAAGUCUGGCAGGGUGGUGUGCCAGCUUGUCCAGAAGUUCCCCCGUCUCGAAUUAGAGACUUUUUUCCAACCCAUGACGAGAUCUAUGCUUCGCUUCGAACUUACUAUCAAGCCGAAUUUCGAGUGGGAUGACCAGCUUCACGGUAAUUCUGAGGCUUUUUGGAUCCUCGUAGAGGAUUGCGAUGGCGAAGAUAUUUUAUUCCACGACCAAUUCAUUCUCCGUCGGGACUAUGCCGAGAGUGACCAUAUCGUCGAGUUCACCGUCCCUCUGACAGAUCCCCUGCCACCAAACUACUUCGUCACUGUAAUUUCCGAUCGCUGGAUGAAUGCGGAAACGAAAAUGCCCGUCUCUUUCCGGAAGCUUGUCCUUCCAGAGAAGUUUCCGGCUCAUACGCAACUCCUGGAAUUGCAGCCAUUGCCCAUCUCUGAAUUAAAGAGGCGAGAAUAUCAAGAGUUGUACAAGGGCAUCAAUAGUUUCAACAGAGUCCAGACACAAGUCUUCAACUCCCUUUAUACUUCGGAUGAAAGCGUAUUCAUAGGGGCUUCUGCUGGGAUUGGCAAAACCUUCUGUGCUGAGUUUGCUAUCCUGCGCCAUUGGUCCGGAGAUGAGGAAGGCCGGAUCGUCUAUCUUGCGCCCUCUCAAGCCCUUGUAGACAACCAGUUCAAGAAUUGGGAGGCUCGUUUAUCAGGGCUUUGGGAAGGUAAGGACAUCGUUAGGCUUACCGGAGAGACUACGGCAGAUUUACGGUUACUUGAAAAGGGAGAUCUUAUCCUGGCCACCCCUUCGCAGUGGGACGUUAUCUCGCGGCAAUGGCAACGACGCAAGAACGUGCAAACUGUGGCUCUACUCAUCGCCGAUGACCUACACAUGUUGGGUGGUUCUGGAGGACAUAUUUACGAGACGGUGGUCUCGCGAAUGCAUGCUAUGGCUGCACAACUCGAGUCCAGGAUGCGGAUCGUUGGUCUCAGUGUUUCAUUGUCGAACGCUCGAGAUAUCGGCGAGUGGAUCGGCGCAACGAAACACACCAUCUUCAAUUUCAGUCCCAGGGUCAGAUCAGUGCCCCUGGAACUGCACAUCCAGUCUUUCACCAUUCCUCAUUUUCCCUCUUUGAUGCUGGCAAUGGCCAAACCGACAUAUCAGGCAAUCACACAACAUUCUCCAGACAAGCCAGUGAUGGUGUUUGUACCGAGCCGGAAACAAACGCGUGGAACAGCUUUGGACCUGUUCUCUGCUUGUGUCAUCGAAAAUGACGAGGACCGCUUCUUGAACGCCCCAUUAGAGGACAUCAAGCCCAUCCUAGCCAAAGUUAAUGAACAAGUCCUAGCAGAGUCGCUCUCCCAUGGUAUUGGAUACUUCCACGAAGCCCUUAACCCUUUCGACAAGAAAGCUGUCCAGCAUCUUUUCAAGGUUGGUGCUAUCCAGGUCAUGAUAGUAUCCCGAGAUUCCUGCUGGGAGGUUGACUGCAACGCGCAUACAGUCAUCAUUAUGGGCACUCAGUUCUUCGAAGGUCGGGAACACCGUUACGUCGACUACCCUAUCAGCGAGGUCCUACAGAUGUUUGGAAAGGCAGGCAGAGUUGGUGAGGACAAAUCUGCUAAGGGAUUCCUCUUCGUGCCGGCGGUCAAGCGAGACUACUAUAAGAAGUUCUUGGAUGAGGCCCUUCCCAUUGAGAGCUCCCUCCACAUUUUCCUACAUGAUGUUUUCGUUGCCGAAAUUAGCGCGAAGACGAUCGAGGCCACUCAAGAGGCUGUGGAUUGGUCUACGUACACGUACUUCUACCGACGCCUACUCGCGAACCCAAGCUACUACGGUCUUCAUGAUGUCUCACACGAAGGUCUCAGUGCGCAUCUCUCCGAGCUUGUCGAAGCAACGUUGAAAGAGCUUGCCGAUGCCGGCCUCAUCGAGCACGACGAAGAAGAAGACUCGAUUGCGCCACUGAAUCCAUGCAUGAUCGCUGCUUAUUACAACAUCUCCUUCGUCACCAUGCAGACGCUAAUGAUGUCGCUCAACGAAAAGAGCAGUCUCAAGAGCGUUCUGGAAAUUGUCACCGCAGCUACCGAGUUUGAGAGUAUCCAGAUUAGGCGCCACGAGGACCAUAUUUUGCGCCGGAUCUACGAGCGGAUACCUUAUAAGGUUCAGACACCAAACUUUGAAUCCCCGGACUUCAAAGCAUUCGUCCUCCUUCAAGCUCAUUUUUCGCGCAUGCAACUCCCCAUUGAUCUGGCUAAGGAUCAGGAAAUCAUUCUGAAGAAGGUGCUUAACAUUCUUAGCGCCAGCGUUGACGUUCUCUCCUCCGAGGGUCACCUGAAUGCCAUGACCGCCAUGGAAAUUUCACAGAUGGCAGUCCAGGGUAUGUGGCAGAAAGAUUCCCCACUUAAGCAGAUCCCACAUUUCGACAACGAUACUGUCAAAGCGGCGGAGAAGUUUGGUAUCAACGAUAUUUACGAGUUUAUGGAGGCUAUGGACCCGGAAGAGAAUAAGGACUACAAGAAGUUGGUCAAGGCGCUGAGCUUGGAGAAUAAGCAGCUGGCGGACGCAGCCAACUUCACGAACGACUACUACCCCAACGUGGAGAUGAACUUCGAGGUCAUUGAUCCGGGUGACAUCACUGCCAAUUCGCCAUCGUAUAUUAGUGUUGUCAUCACCCGUGAACUCGACGAAGACGAUGAGCCCAAGACCGAAGUCCACGCGCCGUUCUAUCCAGCAGAGAAGACUGAGAACUGGUGGCUUAUUGUCGGUGACCAAAAGAGUCAUAGCUUGUUAGCAAUCAAAAAGGUCACGGUUGGAAGGGAGCUGAAGACGAAGCUGGAGUUUACGGUACCGGAGCCCGGAGAGCAUGAAUUGACGCUGUAUUUGAUCAGCGAUAGUUACCUUGGUGUAGAUCAGGCGCCUACCUUUGCAGUUAAUGCUGCCGAAGGUAUGGAUGAAGACGAAGACGAAGAGGAUGACGAUGAUGACGAUGGAAUGUGGUACGAAAAUGGCCCGUGGAUAGGCAAUGCAGACCAAUUCUCAUUUCGUUUUGAUACCACAUUUAUGAGUAGUGUUCCACCAACGAGUGCUACGGCUCACAAAGUCGAAACCCUAGUAAGAGCGUAUGAUAUGGAAAUCGUACAACACGCGACCCUCGAAAUGAAACAUGUCGGAGAUACGAUAGCACUAAUCCACAUAUACCCUAGCACUCAAGAUCCCUCGGAAGGAAAUAGGCUCGGUAUCGCGAACACAUUCCGGAUUGCCGUGUGCUGGCAUGUACAUUACAAUCUCUUCAAAAAUGUCAAGGCAAAUCUCGCGGAUUGCAUUGACGCUUACCCACCCGAUCUGCCUCUUGAUCUAGCUGUGAUAAUGCAGUGA